AUGUCCGAGUUUGGGGAUUGGUAUCAUUCGAUUCCGGAAAUAACAAAACUUUGGUUUACUGGAUGUGCUGUUGUACCAAUGUUAGGUAAACUUUUGGGUUUUUCCCCGUACUAUAUGAUAUUGGAGUGGGGACUCUUCUUCUACCGAUUACAAAUUUGGCGACCUGUGACUGCGUUGUUUUAUUAUCCAAUAACGCCAUCGACAGGUUUCCACUGGCUGAUCAUGUUAUAUUUCCUUUACAAUUAUUCGAAAUCGACAGAAACGGAUUUAUUCAGUGGUCGACCAGCAGAUUACCUUUUUAUGCUCUUAUUCAACUGGAUAUCUUGUUGUAUCAUAUGUAUGGCAGCUGGAGUAUAUUUUCUGUUGGAACCCAUGGUGCUAAGUGUUUUGUACAUUUGGUGCCAGCAUAACCGGGAUCAAAUAGUACAGUUUUGGUUUGGAACUCAAUUUAAAGCAAUGUAUUUGCCAUGGAUAUUGGUUCUGUUCAACAUGAUUAUAAGAGGUGGUGGUAUGAAUGAGUUGAUUGGCAUUCUUGUUGGACAUCUUUAUUACUUUCUGAUGUUUAAAUAUCCACAAGAGUAUGGCGGAAGUUCUUUUAUUUGGACUCCCGGGUUUCUGUACUCGUGGUUUCCCAGUACUGCUGGUGGUAUACACGGAUUUGGUACAGUUCCAAGAGAUCGCCAAAGGGAUAACGAUAGCCGACGCACGAACUGGGGUCGGGGUAGAGUUCUAGGAGAAUAA